AUGAUGGUGGACUACACCGAGGUGACCAGGCUCGUCCCCGCCCCCCCUACUGAGGCCAAGCCCCCGGGCCUUAACCCCCGCUACCCUCGGGGGGCUAGGCUGCCCUGGUUGGCUGCCCCAGCUGGUGGCAGCAACGAGAGGGUCGUCCUCCGCCCCCCUACUGAGGCCAAGCCCCCGGGCCUUAACCCCCGCUACCCUCGUGGGUCUAGGCUGCCCCGGUUGGCUGCCCCAGCUGGUGGCAGCAACGAGAGGGUCGUCCUCCACCCCCCUACUGAGGCCAAGCCCCCGGGCCUUAACCCCCGCUACCCUCGUGGGUCUAGGCUGCCCCGGUUGGCUGUGGCUGAGGAGGCUGACGGCCAGGAAGCCUGGAUCCCGGCGGCCCACUCCGACACCGUGUCCCCCCGUGCACGGGCUCUGGGUGCCGCCUCGAGCCAGGAGACUUCCCCGGGCCGAACCCCCCCAGCUGGUGGCAGCAACGAGAGGGUCGUCCUCCACCCCCCUACUGAGGCCAAGCCCCCGGGCCUUAACCCCCGCUACCCUCGGGGGGCUAGGCUGCCCCGGUUGGCUGUGGCUGAGGAGGCUGACGGCCAGGAAGCCUGGAUCCCGGCGGCCCACUCCGACACCGUGUCCCCCCGUGCACGGGCUCUGGGUGCCGCCUCGAGCCAGGAGACUUCCCCGGGCCGAACCCCCCCAGAAGUGGCUGGCCCUGACCACCAUCGUGGGGCUAGGCUGCCCCGGUUGGCUGCCCCAGCCGCUGGCGCCAACACGAGGAUCGUCCUCCGCCCUACUGAGGCCAAGCCCCCACAUAGACCCCCAGUGUCCUUCACAGUGGAUCUGCGGGACGCCCCGCUGAGCUCCGCCCCCUCGUCCCGGAACGCCGCUGCCUCCGCCCGCCGCCGGGCGCUCGGAGGCGCCGAGGCGGACCUCUCUGGGACGGAGCGCUCCCAGUCCGCCAACGGCCAGAGGUCCCAGGCCCCAGGCAGGAUCGUCCUCCGCCCCCCUACUGAGGCCAAGCCCCCGGGCCUUAACCCCCGCUACCCUUGUGGGUCUAGGCUGCCCCGGUUGGCUGUGGCUGAGGAGGCUGACGGCCAGGAAGCCUGGAUCACGGCGGCGCACUCUGACACCGUGUCCCCCCGUGCACGGGCUCUGGGUGCCGCCUCGAGCCAGGAUACUUCCCCGGGCCAAACCCCCCCAGAAGUGGCUGACCCUGACCACCCUUGUGGGGCUAGGCUGCCCCGGCUGGCUGCCCCAGCCGCUGGCGCCAACGACAGGAUCGUCCUCCGCCCUACUGAGGCCAAGCCCCCACAUAGACCCCCAGUGUCCUUCACAGUGGAUCUGCGGGACGCCCCGCUGAGCUCCGCCCCCUCUUCCUGGAACGCCGCUGCCUCCGCCCGCCGCCGGGCACUCGGAGGCGCCGAGGCGGACCUCUCUGGGAGGGAGCGCUCCCAGUUCGCCAACGGCCAGAGGUCCCAGGCCCCAGGCAGCCCGCCGGCCUCUGACGUUCCUGAAGGCGUGGCGGGCAGAGGUAAGUGCGCGUUCAGCCCGUUUCCCCCUGUGCAGGAGCGUCUGAGGAACGGCAGGAUCCCCCGGGAGAAGCUCCGGGGCCCGCCCCCCCACCAGGCAGGGGAAGAGGCCGGGCCCUCUGGGAAGAGGCAGAAGAACGGGGGCCGCUGUUUCCCCGACCAGAGGCUGACCGCUGAGCCCGAGCUGGAGGAGAAGCUGUUGGAUAGCAGAGAUGAGCCGGCCCAGGGCUCCCUCAGCGGCCCCCAGCGAGACCCACCCGGGCCCCACCCCUUCCCCAAACCUGAGCUGGCCAUGACACAGAGCCUCACUCUCAUCAGCUCAGAGAACUGGCAGGAGAAGAUGGAAGGGCUCACGGUGCUGCGCAGUCUGGCCCAGAACCACGUGGACACGCUGCUCCCCAGGCUCCGCGACGUCUGCCUCGCCCUCGUUCAAGAGGUGAAGAACCUGCGUUCGGGCGUGUCCCGCGUAGCCGUGUGCACGCUGGGCGUCCUGUACUGCCACCUGCAACGGGCCAUGGACAAGGAGGUGGAGACCACGGCCAGGGCGCUGCUGCACAAGGCGGCCGAGAGCAACGCCUUCAUCCGGGAGGAAGUGGACACGGCGCUGGGCCACAUGGUGCGGCACUGCACGCCGGCACGCUGCAUCAACGCCUUCCUGGACGGGGGGUUGAGCCACCUGAGCGCGGCGGUGAGGAAGUGCGCCGCCCAGCACCUGGCCGACCUGCUGGAGAGGGUGGGCGUGGCCCGCCUGCUGUCCGGAGGGAAGGACGUGACGGACAGAAUCCUCCCGGCCGUGGUCAAGCUGGCCCUGGACUCCUCCCCGGAACCCAGGUCCUUUGGCCGCCGGAUGUUGCUGUUCCUGUCCUCCCACCGGGACUUUGAUAGCAUGCUGGAGAAGAACAUCCCCACCAAGGACCUUUCCGCCGCCCGCAAGGCGGUCAGUGGACUCAAGGCAAAGGGUCUGGGUGAGACGCCCCAGACCCCAGCCUCGCUUCCCGGCAGUGGCACCGCCAGGGCCUCGACGCUCCAAAGGAAGCUCCCCAAACAGACCUCCAGGGAGCCCAACAGCAAGUACAGCUCCAAACCUCAGGGGCCCAUCAUGGAAGACAAGCCUGAGUACAUCAGGCAGCUCACCGCUCUGCUGGAGUCCAAGGACUUCAGGGAGCGCAUCAAAGGCCUCGACCAGCUGGUGGCCGACUGCCAGCACAAUCCCAGCAUGGUCAUCCGCAGCCUGUUCCCGGUGUUUGACCUCUUCAGAGACCGCCUGCUGGAGUCCAACCGUAAGGUGAACCUGUACGCCCUGGAGGCCCUGCAGGGGAUGGUGCGCCUGCUGAAGGACAACCUGUCCGGGGUGCUCAACCACCUGGUGCCCGCCAUCGUGGACAACCACCUCAACUCCAAGAACCACGCUGUGUACUCGGCCGCCACAGGGGCGCUCUGCGAGCUGGUCCUGAACCUCGACAACAGCCUCCUCCUUGAGCCGUUCUGCUUCAAGGCACGGGUUCUUAGCGGCCAAGCAAAGGUGGAUCUGAUCGAGAAGGUUGCAGAGCUGGUGAUGGAGCUGUACCCCCGCCGGCCCCAGCUGGUGGAGCAGAAGGCGCUGCCCCUGCUGUGGGGCCUGCUGGGCCCGUCCAGCGGCAGCGUGCACCGGGCGACCACCAGCCUGUGCCGAGCCCUCCACCAUCAGAUGGGGCCCGGCCUGCGGCAGAGCGCCGCCUCCCAGCCCCCGAGCGUCGGCAAGGACCUCAACCAGCUGCUAAGAACCAUGUCCUGA